AUGGAGGAGAGCUUGAUUCUAGCUGAGCGCAAAGGAAGUGUUCUGUGGGUUACUUUAAACCGUCCGAAGAAGUUCAAUGCUAUCACAAGAACUAUGUUCCUGGAGCUCUGUGAGAUUUUUAAAGAGGCAGCUGUAGACGAUGAAGUCACAUUUGUGGUCUUUACUGGAGGGAAAGGAAAGUAUUAUUGUGCUGGAAGUGAUUUCUCACCAGCUGAGCUUGCCACUCUCACAUCUAUCGAGCAUCAUGGCUACAAACUCCUCAUGGACAUCCUUAUUCCCUUCCCAAAGCCGAUUGUUGCACUUGUUAAUGGGAACGCAGUGGGGAUUUCAGUGACUAUGCUGGGAGUGAUGGACGCAGUGAUUGCGAUUGAUACGGCAACAUUUGCCACACCAUUUGCCGAUAUUGGAGUUUGUCCAGAAGCAUGCUCCAGUUAUACUCUUCCAAGGAUCAUGGGAUAUCAGAAAGCGGCUGCUCUGAUGAUGUUCAGCCAGAAGUUCACGGCUCAAGAAGCGUUUAUUGCUGGAUUAGUGACCAAGGUUCUCCCUGCUGCCACGUUUGAACAGGACGCCCAAAAAAUGAUUGACCACUUUGCUACCUUAUCCCCGGUGACCAUGAAAGUCGCUAAGGAACUGAUGAGAACCACCGAAAUCCAAGAUGCCUUGCUGACUGUCAAUCGAAAAGAGGAAAUUCAACUAAACGGAAUGUUCUCGCAUGAUGACACUAUUGCCAGACUCACUGCGAAGUUCAUGAAGCCAUCGAAAUUGUAA